AUGAAGCGCGGACGAUGUCGCUCCGGCCGUUGGGGCGGGCUCGCCUUGUGUACAGCGGGCCUGUGCUGGAUCGCGCCGGGCAUCUCCUUCGCGGCGUCCACGCAGCUCCGAGUGCCCUUUAAGGCACCUGGUCGGCUCACGCUGCGUCGCGCAGGCGUGCAGCCUCCGCAGCUCGAUUCGCAGUCCGAGCCCCCGGUGGAAACGGGGCGGAACCCGCAGGCCGUGGCCACCGACUUCGCUUGGGGCAUCGUGCUGCUGCCCGCGUCGGUGCUGGGUCUGAUCGUCGCCUACCUCUUCAGCGGUUUCCUGAGUGCCACGUCGCAGCCGCCGCCCGAGGUACCGCUGUCAGAGUCGCUUGCUGCCCUCAUCUCCAUCGAGGACGACUACGCUGUCCGGGGACCCGGCAUGGGACUCCGCCAACGUCUAAGCCGGUGGUUCCAUUGGGCCGAGCCCAAUCGGCGGGUGGACUUCGAGAUCAAAGACCUCCCGAACAGUCCACUCAAGGACAAGAUCCGCCAGCGCGGCAAGGACGCUGCAGAGGACAUCGCGAUGACGGUGGAGUAUUUCGUGGCGGGGAAUGGAAUCAUCGACGACUCUGGCUCUUCUCGCAUGGCUGACCGCAUCGCCCAGGACGAGGCCGCACGGGGCUACCCCGAGGCGGAGAAGUUUGCCGAGACCUGGGCAUUUGUUAGAACACACACAAUGUGGAUGUGUAAAGAAGCAGCAAGCAUCGGCUUUCUGGUGGCGUCGGUGGUGCUAGUUCCAGUAGUAGUAGCAGGAGUAGUAGUAGUAGUAGUAGUAGUAGUAGUAGUAGCAGUAGCAGUAGCAGUAGCAGUAGCAGUAGUAGUACAUUGUGCCGGGAAUUUAGAACAAGUUGGUCAAUUUGCAGUCUUGUCAGCCUGGUCAUCUUGCUCGGCCACUGGUCAUCUAGGUCAUCUUGGUCGCCACUGGCCACCUUGGUCACCUUGCCCCACUUGCCCCACUUGCUUGACGACUUGUUUACCAGUUAGAGCAAGAUGA